AUGAUUCCGUUAUCCUCUAAGGUUUCCGGUCAGAUUCGUUUUCUGCUGCAGAGCUUGAACGACUCCAACUCUGAUUCGGUGUUCCAAGAUCUCUGCAAGUAUUCAAUGUAUGGAUUGGAGGGAAGCAUACUACUGCUUCAAACCUGUUGGGAUCACCUCAAUAUUUAUGGCAAGGAUUUGAAAACCAUGAAGCUGCACCCGAUAUAUGCUUCAGUUUUGAAACAUAUAUUGGAUAAACCUAAUUUUAGUACCGUAUUAAGUGAGUCACUGAAGACUGCACCGAUAAGUGAAGAGUUGCUGCAGAAUCUGUCUGGUGCAUUACACCUGUCGAUGUCUGAGAAAAUUGGGAUUGGUCUUGCUUUGUCCAAUUCUGAAAAUCAUGAUAUAAGAAUUUGCGGAAAGAAUUUCUGUAUGAAUCAGAUUGCAGAGUUGUGUGCCAAUCCUGAGGCAUUUGAAUCUACUGAAAAAAUCCAGCGUAUUAUCAUGUUUCUUAGUCGUUCUGAAGGCCUUUCCAAGCAUGUAGAUUCAUUCAUGCAAAUGUUAUCGCUUGUACGGUUGAAAGAUGGAUCCCAGUUUAUUUUAGCGCCAUUUCUUCCUGAUAACGUGCGUGCAGAGAACUUCUUUAGGAACUUAGAUAUGUUAAAUGAGGGCGGUGAAGAUGAUUUUGAUGCCAUUCUAGCGGAAAUGGAGAAGGAAAUUAGCAUGGCUGAUGUGAUGAGUGAAUUAGGAUAUGGAUGCACAGUCAAUGUCUCUCAGUGCAAAGAAAUCUUGUCGCUUUUUUUGCCACUUUCUGAGGUCACAAUUGCAAAGAUACUUGGUACAGUUGCGAGAACUUACACAGGUCUUGAUGAUAGUCAAAAUGUGUUUGCUGCAUUCUGUUCUGCUCUUGGUGGUAAUAAUGUUCUGGAUACAUCAACUUUGAGUUCUUGGAAUGUAGAAGUCCUUGUAGAGUCUAUCAAGCAGCUUGCUCCAGGAAUUAAUUGGAUCAAUGUCAUGGAGAAUCUGGACCAUGAGGGGUUUUAUAUCCCUAACGAAGCAGCCUUUUCAUUUUUCAUGUCUGUUUUUAGGCAUGGAUGCCAGGAUCCUUUCCCGCUCCAUGCUAUAUGUGGCUUUGUGUGGAAGAAUAUCGAUGGCCAGUUAUCAUUUCUAAAGUAUGCAGUCUCUGUGCCGCCUGAAGUAUUUACAUUUGCUCAUUCAGAUAGGCAACUGUCCUAUGGUGAUGCUGUGACUGAAUCAUUUGAACCUGGAAAAUCAAAUCAUGCUUGGUUAUGCCUUGACCUACUGGAGAUGUUAUGUCAGUUAUCAGAGAGGGGGCAUGCAAGUCUUAUCCGUAGUGUCCUUGAAAAACCACUCAACCACUGCCCGGAGUUGUUGCUUCUUGGGAUGGCUCAUGUCAAUACUGCAUACAAUCUUAUCCAGAAUGAAGUGGCAUGUUCUGUUCUACCUAUGGUGCUAAAAAAUGCUUCAGGGAGAGGUUUAAUAUUCAAUCUCUGGCAUGUUAAACCAGACUUGUUGUUGCGAGGGCUUAUAGAUAUGAUGAGUCUUGAGUCAGAGAACGUUUAUGGGAUUUUGGAUGCUUGCCAAGAACUAAAGAUUUUAUCCCCAGUAUUGGAUAUGAUUCCGUUUUACUUCGGCAUUCGCUUAGCUGCCUUUGCUUCUAAGAAAGAAAUCAUGGACCUUGAGAAUUGGUUAAGUACUCAUCUAUUGACAAGUAAAGAUGCUUUUUAUGAGGAGUGCCUUAAAUUUUUGAAGGAUGUUCAGAUUGGAUCACAUGAUGAUUCUGGGAACCGUUUUCAUCCUCCUGUUGCUUUUUUGAAUAUUUAUAUGGAAGCUUGUCCCACUGUUUUAAAGGUCCUUCAGUUCCAUGCUGGUGUGGUUUCCUCCAGUAACUUGUCUGAGGAAAUCGAAAAAAUGGAUGUCUCUCAAAUGCUGGCUAAUUCAAGAGUUAAAAAUGGCACAAGUUCAGACUCAGCUACGGCUGAUAGUUAUGCCGAUGACAUUGAGACUGAAUCAAAUCAAAUCUUUCAUCAAAUGUUUUCUGGUCAGCGUUCUAUUGAUGAUAUGAUUCAAAUGCUUGCCCGCUUUAAGGAAUCGUCAGAUAAGAGGGAACAGUCUAUUUACGAGUGUAUGAUUGCUAAUCUGUUCGAGGAAUUCAAAUUUUUCACGAAGUAUCCUGAAAAGCAGCUGAGAAUUGCUGCAAUUCUUUUUGGAUCACUGAUCAAGCAUCAACUAGUGACUCAUCUCACACUAGGCAUUGCUUUACGAGCUGUUUUAGAUUCUUUGAGGAAACCUUCAGAUUCAAAAAUGUUCUCGUUUGGGGCUAAGGCAUUGGAGCAGUUUGUUGACCGGCUUGUGGAGUGGCCGCAAUAUUGCAAUCAUAUCCUGCAAAUAUCUCAUUUGCGAGUUACACAUUCAGAACUGGUUGCAUUUGUUGAGAGGAUGCUUAACAGGAUCUCAGAGGCUCACCAGGAGACGAAUGUACAUGAUGUCACUUCCGAUCACCAUCAUGGGCUAAUCCAAUCUUCUUCUAUGAAUUUGGAGACCACAGGAUCCUUGUAUUCUCAGGUUAGACCUGGCCCAACGCAAAUGGGGCUGCAAAUCUCCUCUCCGAUUAACCUUCCUCAAAGACUAUCUACUUCUCUGGAUGAGAGGAAAACAUCUGCAAUUCUGUCCAAUUAUAUGAAGCCUGCGCCAUCCUCUUCAAGCCAGCCUGCUUUUUCCCCUUCGAGUGAUACGACUAGCAUUCAAAAGUCACGCAGCGGAAUCGGCGUGGCCCCAAUACAUUCUGCCUCUCCCGGUUUUUCAAGUUCGUCUCGACCUUCCUCAGCAAGGUUUGGCUCCGCUUUGAACAUUGAAACACUUGUUGCAGCAGCUGAGAGGAGAGAAACUUCUAUAGAGGUUCCUGCAUCAGAAAUUCAGGAUAAGAUAUCUUUCAUUAUCAAUAACUUGUCUGCUGCAACUAUUGAGGCUAAAGCCAAAGAAUUUACUGAAAUUCUGAAUGAGCUAUACUAUCCCUGGUUUGCUCAGUAUAUGGUUAUGAAAAGAGCAAGUAUCGAGAUGAAUUUUCAUGAUUUGUACUUAAAGUUUCUUGAUAAAGUAAAUUUAAAGCCUCUGUACAGGGAGAUUGUUCAAGCCACUUAUGAGAACUGCAAGGUUCUCUUAGGAUCAGAACUUAUAAAGUCUAGUGUGGAAGAGCGUUCAUUGCUGAAAAAUUUAGGAAGCUGGCUUGGGAAGAUUACGAUAGGCAGAAAUCAAGUUCUAAGGGCACGAGAGAUAGAUCCCAAAUCGCUGAUUAUAGAGGCAUAUGAAAGGGGACUCAUGAUAGCGGUUAUUCCUUUUACUUCCAAGAUUCUAGAACCAUGUUCUAACAGUCUUGCAUAUCAACCCCCUAAUCCGUGGACAAUGGGUAUUCUGGGAUUGCUUGCUGAGAUUUAUGCUAUGCCAAAUCUGAAAAUGAAUCUCAAAUUUGAGAUUGAGGUCCUGUUUAAGAACCUUGGUGUUGACCUUAAGGAUGUAACACCAACUUCUCUUCUUAAGCAUAAAGUUAGAGAAGUUGAAGGUAAUCCUGAUUUCUCCAACAAGGAUAUGGGAUCUUCACAACCACCAAUACCAAAUGAGGCAAAAUCUGGAGUGGUAUCGAUUCCGAACCAAGUGGAGUUACCACUGGAUGUUUCAGCUCCUGCUCAUCCUGGAGGACAUUCACGAAUGGUAUCUCAGUAUGCCACACCUCUUCAUCAUUCAUCUGGAACGUUAACGGAAGAUGAAAAGAUGGUGAGCCUGGGGUUUCCUGAUCAGCUCCCUUCUGCUCAGGGCCUUCUGCAAGUACAGACACCGUUUCCAUCUAAUCAGCUUCCUCUGCCAGCUGCUAACGUUGAACAACAAGUUGUUGUCAAUAAAAAGCUUCAGGCAUAUGGCCUACAUGUGCAUUUUCAGAGUAUACUUCCAAUUGCCAUGGAUAGGGCGGUUAAGGAGAUUGUGUCCAGUAUCGUUCAGCGAAGUGUUUCUAUAGCAACGCAGACAACUAAGGAGCUUGUUUUGAAGGAUUAUGCUAUGGAACCAGAUGAGACCCUUAUCCGAAAUGCAGCACAUUUGAUGGUUGCAAGAUUGGCUGGGAGUCUAGCCCAUGUAACCUGCAAGGAACCUUUGCGUGGCUCAAUAUCAGGACAACUGAGGAACGCACUUCAGAGCUUGAGCAUAGCAAGUGAUCUUCUUGAACAAGCAGUCCAACUUGUGACUAAUGACAAUCUGGACCUUGGCUGUGUGUUGAUUGAACAAGCUGCAACUGAGAAGGCAGUUCAAACCAUCGAUGGAGAAAUUGCGCAGCAGCUGUCUAUCAGGAGAAAACAUAGAGAGAGUGUUGGUCCCACGUUUUUUGAUGCUAGCCUCUAUUCCCAAGGUCAAAUGGGUGUUUUACCUGAGGCCCUCCGACCUAAACCUGGCCACCUGUCGCAUUCGCAGCAGCGAGUCUACGAGGAUUUUGCUCGUUUUCCAGGGCAAACCCGUUCCACUCAGGGCCCAAAUUCUCCACCUGUUGGUCCUUCUGCUUCACCUGCCAGUGGUGGAAUGUCCCGAUCAUUUUCAUCCGUAACUCCAUCUGGCCAAAUAAACCCAAGCAUCUUCUCGUCUGGCAUUGUAAACGCUGGACUUGGUGCAGUUCCCCAGACUCUGGAAAUUGAUCCAGAUGACAUGGAUUCAGUAGGAGCCCAGAUUUCUUCAAGUGUUUCCUCAUCCCACAUUGCAAUUGGGGACGAUCCACAAAGCCUUGAAAGUGAUGCUGUUACUUCAAUUCCUCCUGCUUCCUCCCCCGAUUUGCAAGUGGUGGAACCUUUAAAUUCUGUCAGUGAAUCUGCAAUUUCCGUUCAGCCCAUAAGCGCACCUUUGGCUUUGGAACGUCCUGGAAGUGCUGUUUCAGAUCAUUUGAUGACCACAGGCGAUGCACUAGAUAAGUAUCAGACUAUUUCAGAGAAGCUUGAAACUCUGGUGGCCAAUGAUUCUAAGGACGCUGAAAUUCAGGGAGUUAUUGCUGAGGUUCCUGCAGUUAUCUUAAGAUGCAUUAGCCGGGAUGAGGCUGCACUGGCUGUGGCUCAGAAGGCUUUCAAGGGCUUGUAUGAAAAUGCAUCUAACAGUGCUCAUGUUAAUGCUCACCUUGCUAUCCUGGCUGCUAUUCGUGAUGUUAGCAAGCUUGUAGUUAAGGAACUCACUAGCUGGGUGAUUUACUCUGAGGAAGAUAGGAAGUACAAUAAAGACGUCACUAUUGGUCUUAUUAAGAGUGAGCUAUUGAACCUUGCCGAGUAUAACGUCCAUAUGGCGAAGCUUCUUGACUCAGGAAGAAACAUGCCUGCAACAGAAUUUGCCAUAUCUCUUAUACAAACAUUAGUUAUCAAUGAUUCCAAAGUGAUAUCAGAACUACAUAAUCUUGUAGAUGCUCUGGCAAAGCUUGCUGCAAGACCUGGUUCUCCAGAGUCUUUACAACAGCUGGUUGAAAUUGCGAAGAACCCUGCUAAUGCCGCCACUUUGUCUUCUGUAACUGUUGGGAAAGAAGACUCGACGAAAACCACUAGGGAUAAAAUGGUUACCGUGGCUCCUGCAGAAAAUCGGGAAGAGUAUAAUGCAGCAGAAUUGGUGGAUUCAGAUCUUGCAGGUUUUCAUGAGCAGGUAUCAGUGCUGUUUGCUGAAUGGUACCAAAUAUGUGAACUCCCUGGAGCAAACGAUGCCGCUUCUGCUCGUUAUGUUUUACACUUACAGCAGAGAGGCUUGCUAAAAGGAGAUGAAACUUCAGAUCAUUUUUUCCGUCGUAUAAUGGAACUUUCGCUUUCGCACUGUUUAUCAUAUGAGGCGAUAAAUUCUAGCCCUUCCCAGUCACAUCAGGGACAGCCACUCUCGUUUCUAGCUAUUGAUAUAUAUGCGAAGUUAGUUUUCUCAGUUCUGAAGUUUUGCCCCAUUGAUCAGGGGUCCAAUAAGCUCUCUCUUCUGCCCAAGGUGCUUGCUGUGACCGUUAAAUUUAUCCAAAAAGAUGCCGAGGAGAAGAAGAUCGCCUUCAAUCCCCGGCCAUAUUUUAGAUUGUUUAUUAAUUGGCUGCUCGAUUUGUGUUCCUUGGAGCCAGUUUUCGAUGGUGCCAACUUUCAUGUGUUGACUGCUUUAGCAAACUCUUUCCAUGCAAUUCAACCUCUUAAGGUCCCAGGGUUCAGCUUUGCGUGGCUAGAAUUAGUAAGUCACCGAAGUUUCAUGCCAAAAUUACUGGCGGCAAAUGCACAGAAAGGAUGGCCCUAUUUCCAGAGAUUGUUGGUAGACCUGUUUCAGUUUAUGGAGCCAUUUCUUAGGAAUGCUGAACUCGGAGAGCCGGCUCACUUUCUAUACAAAGGGACGCUCAGAGUAUUGUUGGUGCUGCUUCACGAUUUUCCGGAAUUCCUUUGCGAUUAUCAUUUCAGUUUUUGUGAUGUCAUCCCCCCAAGCUGCAUACAGAUGCGAAAUAUAAUCUUGAGCGCGUUUCCUCGUAAUAUGAGGCUUCCAGAUCCUUCAACUCCCAACUUAAAAAUUGAUUUGCUGGCGGAGAUUAGUCAAUCGCCUAGAAUACUUUCUGAGGUCGAUGCCGCGCUAAAAGCGAAGCAAAUCAAGAAUGAAGUGGACGACUAUCUCAAGACGAGGCACCAAGGGUCGUCGUUUCUGUCCGAGUUGAAACAGAAGCUACUGCUUUCUCCAAUUGACGCAGCUCGUGCUGGGACCCGCUACAAUGUCCCUCUGAUCAACUCACUUGUACUAUAUGUUGGGAUGCAAGCUAUUCAGCAGCUGCAAGCAAGAGCCCCUUCUCAAUCCAUGGCAAAUAUGACUGCCUUCUUGGUGAGUGCUGCUUUGGACAUUUUUCAGACAUUGGUUAUGGAUCUCGACACCGAGGGCCGCUACCUUUUCCUGAAUGCUGUUGCCAACCAAUUACGUUAUCCGAACAACCAUACCCAUUACUUCUCUUUCAUCCUCCUUUACCUGUUUGCUGAGUCGAACCAGGAAAUGAUUCAGGAGCAAAUCACGAGGGUCCUGCUGGAACGCCUGAUAGUAAACAGGCCUCAUCCUUGGGGACUUUUGAUAACAUUUAUUGAGCUAAUCAAGAAUCCGAGGUACAACUUUUGGAGUAGGAGUUUCACGAGAUGUGCCCCGGAGAUUGAGAAGCUGUUUGAGUCGGUUUCGAGGUCUUGUGGAGGUCCCAAACCUGUAGAUGAUAGUGUUGUGUCAGGUGGAAUCCCUGAGAAUAUGCAUUAG